UGCAUAUAAAUAUAUCUAUACAUAUAUAUAUAUAUAUAUUGGCGCCUAUUCUAUUCUCACUCACUUUCAUCUUCACAUUCUGUCUCGGCGCUCUUUUUCUCUCGUUCUGUGUUCUUGCUACCAGGUACGAGCUUCCUUUUGUUUUUCCGUUUUUCUCAUUGGAAUCCUCUGUUCAUAUUCUGUUCUGCUAAUUAACAAUUUGAAACCUUUUCAAUAACUUUAGAGCCAGUUCUUAGGAAUCUGAGAUAAAUUCUGGAGUCUAUUUAGUUUGCGAUACCCAAAAUAAUUCAAUGGGUAGGUUAGGGUCUAUCCUGGAAAUUCCAGAUAGAAGACACCGAUGCGAUGGAGAAAACGGCGGUCAUCGUCGUCGAUCUUCCUCGCCUGGCUACGCGGACGUUGGACGGAGCCCUAGGGCUGAUGGAGACCAGAAUGGUCUACCCAAGAGAUUUGGGCGUGCCGGAGGGCGGGCGUAUCUGGACAGGAAUGGAAGAGCAUCUGAAGAGUCGGAUUCGGAUGAGGAGCUGAAGGGGUUGAACUAUGAGGAAUAUCGGAGGUUGAAGAGGCAGAAGCUCCGGAAGGCAUUGAAGCAUUGUAUUUGGAGAGUGACCCCUAGUCCACCUAGGAAUGAGAACGACGAGUGUGAGGACAGGGCUGAUGAUAUUUCGGAGGAAUAUGGCGACGAUGGAAAUAAAAGUGACUCUAGCGAAAGAAAGAAACAUGAAGAGAAAUAUGUAUCUGAUAAAACAAAGAAUUCUGACUGUGGCUCUGAUUCUGAAUUACCUGAUACAAAAUCAAGAAGGAGGAGGUUGAAGAUUUCGGGUUCCAGGCAUAGAAGUAGAAAAUCGUCACUUAGUGAGACAGAGUCGGACAGCGACACCGAGAGUGAGGAGGAAAGUGAAUCAGAGGAAGAAAUCCGGAGGAGAAGAAAAAAGUCUGCGAAUAGGAGCAGAAAACGUAGGAGUAUUAGGAGUAAUAAGAAGGAGAAGAGUAGAUACAGCGAUAGGGAGGACAGUGAAGGAAGUGAGACAGAUGAUUCUGAUGUUAGCGACCGUGUCAGGUCGAAGAAAAGGAGUCGGACGAAGCGCUCCAAGACUAGUAGGAAGAGGAAGUACAGUGCCACAGAUGAGAGUGAGGAAAGUGAAGGUGAAAAAUUGAGGAAGCGGAAGGCCUUGUCAACUUCGUCGAAAUCCAGGAGCAAGACAAAAAGACCUUCAGAAACGGAGAGUAAAAGUUCCUCUUCUGAGGAAAAUUCUGGUUCUGAAGAUGUUGAUGCUAAGAGUAAAUUAAAGGUUGAUGGAGAGAAGAUUGCGGAGAUCAAUGCUGAAGCUUUGAAGAUUAAGGAAAUUUUGGAGGCACAAAAGAAACCUGCAUGUGAUAAUGAGAUGCCAGUUGGACCAAUGCCACUGCCAAGAGCUGAGGGCCAUAUUAGCUAUGGUGGUGCGCUUAGGCCUGGGGAAGGUGACGCCAUCGCACAGUAUGUUCAGCAAGGGAAGCGUAUUCCACGGUGUGGUGAAGUGGGUCUUUCAGCUGAGGAAAUUCAGAACUUCGAGACCCUUGGCUAUGUGAUGAGUGGUAGCAGGCAUCAGAGAAUGAAUGCAAUCCGUAUUAGAAAAGAAAACCAAGUUUACAGUGCUGAAGAUAAAAGAGCUCUGGCAAUGUAUAACUAUGAAGAAAAAGCUAAACGCGAAAGGAAGGUGAUGGAUGAUCUUCAGCGGCUUGUUCAGCGCCACAUAGGUCAUGAUGUUGCCCCUUCACAUGAUCCCUUUGCUGCAUAACCUCAUCUUGUGUCACAUUAAGAUGUUUAUAUAAUCAUUCUUAAGGCAGGACAAAAAUGUGUCAGUAAGGAUAGGUGAAACUCUACUAAAUAUUGGAUAUUCUUUGGCUACCAAACAAGCAUGUUGUGUUAUUUUAUAUGAAGCUACAGGAUAUGAAUCAUGAAGGAAGGCUGGGGAGGAUAUGUCGACAGCUUGUUUAACCCUAUGCGAAGGAGCGCCUCAUAAACAAAAAGGAGGGCAGAAGUGUACCGUAGAAAUGCAGGUGGACGACAAGAGAGAUAGCAAGAUCAGACCAGACAAGAGCACAUUGUCAUUGGGAAGGUUCAUAUGCUGAGCCGCUUCAGUUCAGACACUUGUCGUCCCAUGAGAAGGAUACCAAAACUCCCCACUUACACAAACACAGACACACCGAUGAUUUUAUUCCUUUGCCGACCAUCUCAAUUUUGACAACAACACAAAACACACAGCCACAACCAUUUUUGUUCUUUUUUCCCCCACGCCUUACUUUCACUGCCCUACUGAAAGCUUCAACUUUUUUCAAAGAUUCCCACGUCAAAUCAUUCUUCUUCUUCUUCCAUUAUUUUCUCUUUGAAUUCAGCACUUCUUUUUAAAGCUUUUGUCCUUUUCUUUUUACUUUUUUCUGUUGAUUUGUUCCUUAGUUUUUUAGUAUCAAAAAUGGAUUUGAAUUCUGUUUCUCUCUCUCUUGCCUUAUGUGGCUCACUGUGAUCCAUUUUGGAUUGUGUUUCAGACAACCCAUCAACAGUUCAUGAUAUAACUAUUUUUUUUAAAGCCAACUUGUAUUUUUUUAUAUAUGAGAUUUUGAACAUAAACUUAUAAACUUAUCAUCCUGUGAAUGGGAAUAUAUACUUUAUGAUUGUUGA